AUCAUCCUAUUAAUAUGCAGGACACAUCAACAGGCUACUGCUGAUUUCAUAACUGAACAAACUGGACGUGUAUGCUGUUGAAGAAAAAAAAACAUGGCAAUUUUACUGGGAAGUUACAGUUUACCCUUUCUUGGAGUUAGCGUUUUCAUCGCAGCUCUGACCUACAUUACCUACAACCUGCUGAGCAGUCAUCUCCAUAAAUGGUUCAAGAUGAAAUCUAUUCCUGGGACAGGUUCAGCAUACCCCUUUAUUGGAGAUGCACUGUUGUUCAAAACCAAUGCAGGAGAAUUUUUCAGUCAAAUUGUGAACUUUACAUAUGAGUUCAGAGAUGCACCAUUGUUUAAUAUCUGGGUUGGACCAAUUCCAUUUGUUGUCCUCUUCCAUGCUGAAACAGUUGAGAAAGUUCUGAGUAACCCUGUUCACCUCGACAAGGCUUUUGCAUACAAAUUCCUCCAUCCUUGGCUUGGAACAGGCCUUUUAACCAGCACUGGGAAAAAAUGGAGACAACGAAGAAAGAUUCUGACACCGACCUUCCAUUUUUCCAUCCUGACUGACUUUCUGCAAGUAAUGAACGAACAGGCAGAAAUUCUGGUGGAAAAGCUGGAGAAGAAAGUGGGAAAAGGUUCUUUCAACUGCUUCAGUGACAUCACCCUCUGUGCACUGGACAUUAUCUGCGAAACUGCAAUGGGAAGAAAGAUUUACGCACAGAGCGAUUCUGAAUCUGAGUAUGUUAAGUGUGUAUACAGGAUGAGUGAUAUUGUCAGCCACAGACAAAGAACACCCUGGUUUUGGCCUGACUUUAUUUACUACUUCUUUGGUGAGGGUAAGAAGCAUGACAAGACACUGAAGAUCCUCCAUUCUUUUACCUAUAAAGUAAUAAAGGAAAGGUCUGAAAACUUGUCCUACAUUGAAUCAGACAGCGACUCCGAAAAUUUCAAGAAGAAGCGACAGGCCUUUCUAGACAUGCUCCUGAAGACCACAGAUGAAGAUGGAAACAAGUUGACCCAUCAGGACAUUCAAGAGGAAGUGGACACCUUUAUGUUUGAGGGUCAUGACACCACGGCUGCCUCCAUGAACUGGGCCCUCCAUCUGAUUGGAAGCCAUCCAGAGGUGCAACGAAAAGUUCAGCAAGAGCUGCAGGAAGUGUUUGGUGCAUCGGGCCGACCCAUUAAUACAGAAGACCUAAAGAAACUAAAAUACCUGGAAUGUGUCAUUAAAGAAGCUCUGCGGCUGUUUCCCUCUGUGCCCUUCUUCGCCCGAAGCCUCUGUGAUGACUGCAAUAUUAAUGGUUUCAACGUCCCCAAAGGAGCAAAUGCGAUCAUCAUUACAUACACUCUUCACCGUGAUCCACGAUACUUUCCAGAACCAGAGGAAUUCCGGCCUGAGCGUUUUUUUCCUGAGAAUUCAGUUGGAAGGCCCCCGUAUGCAUAUGUCCCCUUCUCUGCUGGACUCCGCAACUGCAUAGGUCAGCGUUUUGCAUUGAUGGAAGAAAAAGUUCUUUUGGCAUCCAUUCUGCGUAACUUCAAUGUCGAGGCCUGUCAGAAACGUGAGGAAAUUCGCCCAGUGGGGGAACUCAUCCUGCGACCAGAGCAGGGCAUUUGGAUCAAACUGGAAAAGAGAGAACCACUUCCUCCAUAAAAUCAGCAUUGGCUCAAUUAUUAAGAUUCAUUUAUUCAUUGCAUUUUUUUGUGUGUGUGUGAUUUUAAAUAAUCCAAAUAGCAGAAAAUGUAUCAAACAAAGAUCUCUAAUAGUGGAAUACGAAAUAACAUUACUGGGUAAUUUAGCUGCUCUGCCUCUAAUAGUAUGAUAAUCUAAAAAAACAUAUUGUAUUCUAAGCAAACAUUUGAUUGCUUAGAAUACAUUUCUUUUGUAUAGUUCUGCAUUUUGUGGCUGGUACUGCUAAUGGAAUAUGAGUGACUUCUUGUUAUUUGACCUUGCACAAGUAUUUCUUGUAAUUCUGUUUGAAAAUUUCUUGCAUUACCAAAUGUUUAAGAUACAGACAUGUGACAUGAGUGGAACUAUUUCUGAGUAUUAUUGGUCUGGUUUCCAGCCUUCAAAUAAUGCUGCAUUAUUACUUUUAGAUAAUACUUAAGAAUUCUUAGUCAGAUGAGCAGAAUUCAGCGAUGAUUGGGCUGGAACAGUAGAGUAAUAAGCACUGGGAAGAAACCAUCCAUCCAUCCAUUUUCUUUCACGCUUAAUUCCAAGCGGGGUCGUGAGGGGUGCUGGGGCCUAUCUCCAGCUGUCUGCGGGCGACAGGCGGGGUACACCCUGGACAGGUCGCCAGUCCAUCGCAGGGCAGGAAGAAACCAAAGAAACUAAACUCUGUCACAGACUGGUAUAGUUUCCUCUACAUAAAACAAAUAUUUAACACUGGAAAUAUGCAAAUAUGCAUAGAGGCAGACUGGCAGCCCCAUACAAUCCAGCCUCAUUGUUUACCAUGAACAUGAUUACAGGACUAAGGUACACAUUCAUCUUAAGAGAUUCUGCAAAGCCAGACAGAGGGUAGCCCAGUGAGACUGUGUAUGCACAAGAACUAGUGGAAGAAGCAUAACUCAGGAUGAAGUCAGCAAUAAAAUCUGAAUAAUGUAAAAGAGUUGCCGGAAUCUAAGUGACAGCUAUUCAGUAAAACAACCAUGCUCAGGAGCAGGUAUGCCAUCUCUUGCUGAGAGAUGACAAGCCCAACCCGGCAACCACCUGUCUGUUGGAGAGUCUGCAGAAAUGAGCCAGGCAGAGCACGACAGGGAAAAAAAACAUGUUUCUUGACACUACUUGAUUAGAAAAUUAGCCCACCAAGCAAAAACUGGUUUAAAAGACAUUGAAAAGAUGACAUGAUUUACGUCCAAACAAUGUCUACAUUUGGUUGAAAAGUGAAAGGUCAUAAUUUUCAGAUCAUUGGAAAGACGUUGCAAAGUCAUUUUUAAACGUCUGUUAUUGGACUAAAGUGGGACACAAUCGGAUAGACAAAACACAUUCCAAUUUUUAACAACUAUUUCUGCACUAAAUCAAGACUGUGAUGGACCGGCCAGAUUUAGCCUAUAAACCAAAGUCUAAACUAUGUGUGGUGUUUGGGGGGAACCCUUUAGUCUCACAAACUGCAGGCUGUUUUUCAGUUAGUGUUUAAUCCAGGCAAUUGCUGAUGCCUCCAUAUGAGUCUUGUGGAGUUUCUGACAUAAUAAGGCAGAAUCGUGUUAAUUGUACUAAAGAAAUCAAAGAAAAAGACAGGAAUUUUCUCACACUGUAGACUGCCUUGUCUAAAUUACACUUAGUUUGUUAAAACAGAUAUGUAUGAUAGUUUCUUCAACUCCAACUCUACUCUGAUAAAUAAACUGCAGUGGCCCUGAUAGCUGCAUCUUUCCGUGCUCAGGUGAACCAACAGGUAUCACUAAGACAUUCCAUAUCUUGGUGAUAUGGAAUGUCAGGGUAACAGGUCUACAGUACUUGAGGACUAUUGUCUCAGUUUUCUUUUGUUCUGUAACAAGGCAGGUUUUCCACAACCAAUGGACUUUCCCUUUUAUGCAGCAACUUUUUUAAACGUGAAGCAGCAUUUGAACUUAGCAGGUAAACAAAAAGACCAUGCCAUGGUGGUAAAUGGAUCAUCCAGAGUAUGGGACAUGGUAAUGCUGCAAUAACAAUAAGCUGUAUAAUAAGAGGCAUCAUCCAGUCUAAUGCAGGGUCAAUUUUAAGUGAGAGACCCAUUUGAAUCAGAUUAAAAAUAAUGAAACAUUUUUAUAAAGUAAUAUGAUGAUU